UUUCAACCCCAAUAUUUUACAACGUCACCCAACCUUUAAUUCUCAAAACAGAGGAAGAAGAAUUUGAACAUGAAUUACAUACAGCAAGUGAAGGCCGCGAACGAAGAACGAAGGAAGAAGCACGAAGGACAAUCCUGGAAUUUCCAAGUCUACCCCAACUUAUACGGGAUGACGCAAAAGGUUGAAAUAACUCCAUGGCAUUCAAGCAUGCAUAACAUGGGUUUCGCUUUCAAUAGGACCGUUUGGAGCAAUAUAAUGGUGUUGCAAGACCAAUUUUGUGCCUAUGAUGAUUACAAUUGGGACUAUUCGCUGUUACACCUGUCACAGAAUAGGCCGGGACGGGAGAAGUUUAAAGUUAUCAUGUGUAAGGGGCCUAGGGUUUUUCAUAUUGGUGAAUGUGGCUUUCACCACAAGAAGUCUAACUGCAACGCGUCCACAGUUAUAAGCAAAGUGCAGAAGUUACUUCUGAAUGCUAAGCCGUACAUGUUCCCGACGCGGGUGAGCGCGACCGUCACCGCCGGCGGUGCGAAGCAUAAUAAGAAGUUGGUGAAGGGAAACGGAGGGUGGGGUGAUAUUAGAGAUCAAGAGUUAUGUGCAAAUAUGACAAGAAUUGGACGACAAGCGAGAAAAAACAUAUACUAUGCAUAACAAAAAUACAUUCCAAAAAACCUUUUUGUAUAAUAAUUGGCCAAACAUACCAAUAUUGGUCACACAUGGCCAUCCAUGUACAAAUUAUAGUGAAUUAAAGAAAUAUUGGCCACAUAAUUGUACCAAUAUUGGCCGGUGAUUACCAUCCUAUAUUAGGGAUGAUGACUGGGUAU